AAAGAUAAAAUAAAAUACAGAUCAGUUGUAGUAAAAUAUAACAAAAGCUGCAGGACAGAGGGAUCUUUGACUUGCUGGCUAUUAGGACAGGUUGGAGAAAAGUCUGUGUACACUGAUUAUGUGAGAUGCAGGGGCGGACUGACCAUUUGGAAACUCGGGCACUGCCCGAGGGCCCAGGGUCAGUAGGGGGCCCCAUGAGAUGCCCUUGGUACCUUUUUCAUAGGCUUUUUUGAGUUUGGGCAAGGACUCAGGGGCCCCAUGAUUCACUAUUGCCUGGGGGCCCCAUGAGUUGUCAGUCCCU